UCUCUGUUCUCUUUGUUGGUCUUCAUAUUGAGGCUUAAGCCGUGGUGCAACUGCGAGGACUGCCGGAGUUACUUGUCGGCCGGUUGGGUGAAGGAGUUCGGGAAUCUAUGCGACUGGUAUACGCAUCUUCUCCGGAACUCGCCAACCGGGACUAUAAAUGUUCACGUGCUCGGCAACAUCAUCACCGCCAACCCGGAAAAUGUCGAAUACAUGCUUAAAACCAGGUUCGACAACUACCCGAAAGGGAAACCGUUUUCUGCCAUUCUCGGUGAUCUUCUCGGCCGGGGAAUUUUCAACGUCGACGGCGAGUCGUGGAGGUUUCAGCGGAAAAUAGCGUGCUUGGAGCUUGGUUCCAUCUCGGUUCGGUCCUACGCGUACGAGAUUGUCACCUCCGAGAUCCAAUCCAGGCUAAUCCCUCUCUUACAAUCCGUCGCUGGAAAAGAAGACGGAGUUUUAGACUUACAAGACGUGUUUCGCCGCUUCUCCUUCGACAACAUUUGCAGAUUCUCGUUCGGACUAGACCCGGGUUGUCUCCAGCUGUCGCUUCCCAUGUCUAGUUUCGCGCUUGCCUUCGACCUCGCGUCGAAAUUAUCGGCGGAGCGAGCCAUGGCGGCCUCGCCGAUUAUCUGGAAGCUCAAACGACUACUAAAUUUGGGCUCGGAAAGGAAGCUAAAGGAAGCAAUCAAAACGGUGCAUACUUUAGCCACCGAGAUGAAAAAUCAGCGGCGGAUAACGGGAUUUGCCAACCAAAACGACCUCCUCUCAAGAUUCAUGGCUUCCAUCGAGGACGACGAAUAUCUCCGCGACAUCGUCGUAAGCUUCGUAUUGGCUGGGCGUGACACGGUGGCCUCCGCCUUGACAAGCUUCUUCUAUUUGUUAUCGCAGCAUCCGGGCGUUGAGGCUGCGAUUCGGGUCGAGUUGGAGCAGGUCAUCGGGCGGACUUCCGAGGUGGCGAACUUCGACCAAAUGCGCCAAAUGAACUACUUGAACGCAGCAAUUUUUGAGAGUAUGAGGCUUUUUCCCCCGAUUCAAUUUGAUUCCAAGUUUUGCCAGGAGGAUGAUACGUUGCCGGAUGGUACUUUUGUACCCAAAGGCACCAGGGUUACGUAUCAUCCCUACGCAAUGGGUCGGAUGGAGCGGGUUUGGGGACCCGAUUGUCUCGAAUUCAAGCCGGAGAGGUGGUUAACUAACGGCGUUUUCCGGCCUGAGAGCCCGUAUAAGUAUCCAGUUUUUCAGGCUGGACUUAGGGUUUGUUUGGGGAAGGAAAUGGCACUUGUGGAGAUGAGAAGUGUUGUGCUUGCCCUAGUUCAACGGUUUGAUAUACGGGUCGCGGGUCCAAACCGAACACCCCGGUUUGCUCCGGGUCUUACCGCCACCGUGAGUGGCGGCCUGCCGGUUCUAGUUCAAGAAAGAGCGGCUUAGCCAUGCACAUGUCCUGUCGAUGAUCCCUCUUACCGAGGCGCACGUUAGUGGUUUCCAAUUGAGAAAUGCUAACUGGCCAUGGCCUAAUCCCGAUGGUGUAGAUGACAAUCGUGCACAACAUGUUGUAUAUGAUCUAGUGGGUCAGAUUUCUCUUGGUGAUUUUUCUUCUUUGAAUCCCCUUAUCAUACUGUAAAUGAUGCUUUUAAUGGAUUUUUCUUU